UCUAACCUCACAUGGUUGUUGUGUAUUUUAUGUUUUAGAAUUUUAUAAAUAUGAGAAACCUAAACUUGUGGCAGGUUUCGGUUAAAAACAUCGAUAUCCAAACUGAAGAAAAAUUUUCUUCGUGUUAUGGCCAUUACGAUGACUGCGCCAAGGGCGAACUGUACGUGUGUACAUCUAACCUAUCGGUUUUCAAUUUUGACGACAACGGCGUUGUAAAAUGGACCGCAGACCUUUCAGAGAUCGUGCCUAUACAAACUCGACCUGUGAAUAUAUCGUUUCUGUCGCUAUCGAAUUCACUUAACGUUGGACUAGCCAGUGGUGAGCUUAUAACAGUUGCUGACUUUGGAAAGAACUGCGAUGUAGUAGGUGUGUGUGAAGAUGGAUUAUUGGCUAUGGAAUGGAGUCCGGAUCAAGAGAUAUUAAUCUUGGUGACUAAAACAUUAAAAGUUAUUGUGAUGUCAUGCACUUUUGAUCCAAUAAGUGAAACAUAUCUGCUGAGUGAUGAAUUUGGAGAAAAAGAGUUUAUAAACGUAGGUUGGGGAAAAAAAGAGACCCAAUUUCAUGGAUCAGAAGGAAAGCAAGCUGCCAAAGCUAAGACUUCUGACAUUGAAGAUGCACCAGUCACCGAUGAGAGAGUUAAAAUAUCAUGGAGGGGAGAUGGGAACUUGUUUGGUGUUGGAUAUAAUGCCAAUGGUAGAAGGAAGUUCAAAGUUUUUGACAGAGAUGGGAACCUGCAGAGUACCAGUGAAAAUGUACUGGGUCUUGAGUCAAAUCUGAGCUGGAGACCCAGUGGUAGCCUCAUUGCCGCUACACAAAAACUACAAGAGAAAUAUACCGUCUCCUUCUUUGAAAAAAAUGGGUUAAAACAUAGAGAGUUUACCUUACCAGUCAACUCUACAACAACAGUUAAAGAACUUUUGUGGACUACAGAUUCCGAAAUAUUAAUAGUACAAUGCAGGGAUGAGGCAGCUAACUUGGAUAUUGUAUUCCUCUACACUAGAAGAAAUUAUUAUUGGUAUCUGAAGCAAACUCUGUGUUUCAAGAGUACCCAAAAGAUAAACGAAAUUAUAUGUGAAAGCGACUUUGAUACUGCCAAUGAGAAGAGAAUCCAUGUGCUGUGUCAAAAUGGUGAAUGCUACUCCUAUGCUUGGAAUUGGGAUGUCGAUCACAGUGUAGGCAAGUCAUAUGAUGAUGAUGCAGUAGUCGCAGAAAUAGAUGAGAAGAAGGUGCUCGUCACAGGUUUCAGACAAACAGUAGUGCCACCACCUAUGUCUAAUAUUGAACUAGAGUUUGCCAACAAUAUCAACUCUAUACACUUUAUCUCAGAUAACACUACAGAUUCAAAUUCAUUUAUAGUAUCACAUGGCAACAAACUAGCAAUUGUAGAGCAGAAACAAAAGAAACCUUUAGAAUAUGUUGUUACUAAAGAAUUAGAUAUUGAUGAGUAUCAGUAUCCCUUCCAACAUUACAAUUGGUAUUGGCUUAAUAAUGAUACUUUAUUGUCUAUGUCAGUUGAUGGACAAAAUGUUUAUACACUCAAUCAGUAUGUUAUAAAUAGUGAUAAAUUAUUACUAAAAAGAGGUACUAAACUACCAUCACCUAUUGCAAAAAUUCGAAAACAUCCUACAGAUUUAUAUAGCGCAGUACUGCAAUAUACAUCUGGGGAAAUAGCUGUGUAUAAGUAUGAUGAUAAGGGAGCAUCAUUAGAAAGCUACCAUGAUACUUUACCAGCCGCAUGUCCUGAUUUUGAUGUGGUGUCCAUUGAUGGAGAAACAACAAUAAUUGGAUUGUCUCACAAAGGUUGUCUUUAUAUUAACAAAAAGUUAGUAUUGAAUAAUGUUAAUUCAUAUUAUGUUCACACACAAUAUCUAUUAAUCACAACACUUAAGCAUCUUUUAAUUUGUGUUGAACUUUCCAAAUUUGGUAUAAGUGAUUUGGAAGCAUAUGAAAGAAAUGAGACAUCCAGCUCAGUCUAUAAAAGAAAAGUCGAAAGAGGGUCUAAGCUAGUCAUUGCUGUUCCAAAUGACACAAGAACUAUUUUCCAAAUGCCCAGAGGAAACUUAGAAACUAUACAACCCAGACCAUUGUCAUUGAAAAUUAUUGGGGACUAUUUGGACUCAUUGAAAUAUUAUGAAGCAUUUGAUUUAAUGAGAAAACAGAGGAUCAAUCUCAACUUGAUCUACGACCACAAUCCAAAAAUCUUUCUGUCCAAUGUAGAUGUGUUUUUAGAAACUAUUAGCAACAAUUCAUGGCUUAGUCUUUUCUUGGCUGACUUAGAAAAUAUUGAUGUUACUAAAACCAUGUACUCGAGUAGUUACUCGGAUAAGGAACAUAAUACUUUCACUUAUGAGAGUUCAAAAGUAAGCAGUAUUUGUAAUGUUAUCAGAACUCAUUUACAAAAAUCUGAAAAUAGCUCUGAGCGGAUUUUGCCCCUAUUGACUACUUAUGUUAAGAAAAAUACUAUUGAAGAUUUAGAACAAGCAUUGCAAGUUAUCAAAGACCUAAAAGUAAAGGAAUCCGAGGGAGUUAAACUCCCAGUUUCUUCAGAUGAAGCCUUAAAGUAUUUGUUGUACCUAGUAAAUGUGGAUAAUCUUUUUGAUGUGGCUCUCGGCAUGUACGACUUUGAUCUUGUUCUGUUGGUGGCAAAUAAAUCCCAGAAAGAUCCAAAAGAGUAUAUACCUAUGCUCAAUGAGCUCAACGAAAUGGAUGAAAAUUAUAGGCAGUUUAAUAUCAACAAGCACUUGAAGAGAUUUAAGAAAGCAGUGGAAUGUCUGGCAAAGUGUGGCAAGUCUCGCCACACUGAUCUUAGAACAUUUGUCAAAUACCACAGUCUGUACAGGGAAGCCCUAACACUCUUUUCAAGUGGAGAUGAAAUUUUUAAAGAAAUAUCAGAUGAUUAUGGUUCGUAUUUGAAACUAAAGAAGCAGUAUGUAGAAGCUGGACUUGUUUAUGAAAAGGCUGGCAGCACUGACAGAGCAAUAGAAUGUUACAAGGAGGCAUUAGAGUGGGAACUACUUUUUAAGUUAGCUAAGAACAAAAGUAGAGAUGUUUUAGAUACAAUAAUAAGUGAACUUGUGCAAUCUCUAAAAGAUGAAAAAAGAUAUACAGAAGCCUUGAGCAUUCUAGAACAAUAUGGGAGUAAUGUAGAAGAAACAAUAAAAUGUGCAAUUGAAUGCAGCAAGUACAAAACAGCAAUGAGACUCUGUGCUCGACAUGACAAAGAUGACAUAAUAGAUACACACCUAAUACCAAACUUAUUAGAGGAGUAUACCAACACAAAGGAUUUAGUGGAUAAAAAUAGAAGUCUCUUUGUACAGUAUAAAAACCGUCUUCAAGUUGUGAGAGAUAAUAAAACCAAGAAAGAAGCUGAAGGGUAUGAUACUUUUACCAACAGAGACAUAGAUUUAUAUUCUGAUGCAGGUAGUACCAUAGCUUCAUCAUCCGGAUCAGGGAGAUCUUACCGGUCUAGCAAGAACAGAAGAAAACACGAGAGAAAAGUGGCGUCAUUAAAAGAAGGAUCACAGUAUGAGGACACUGCUCUAGUCAUGACUUUACACACUUUAGUGACUUCUACGUUUGAACUAAGGCCUCAAGUCCAAGAGUUAAUAAUCACUUUAUGUUGUUGUAACAGAGAAAAGGAAGCAGGUUUACUUCAGGCGAAUCUAGAAACUUUACUCAAGGAAAUGGAGGACAGUUUUAAACAGAUUUGGACGCAUGAGCUUGUGAUGGAAGCCACCAACGCUAAAAUAGCAGCAGAAAAUGUCCCUGAAGGUGUUAGUGUGGUGCCACAAGGAAUGGCUAGCUUAGCACCCCAUAUGAGGAUAGCACCUGUUAUACAAAAUAUAAAGUGGAAAUUGGAAGAUCUUUACUGAAAUAAUUAUUUUAUUUUUUGCUGUGUAAAAUAAUAUUUGUACA